UGCAGUCAAACAAAUAACAAAACAACAGUACAGGUCAAAAUCAAUAGACUAUACUCUACACCAAAAUCUGAACCCAGAACCAGAUCUCAUCAUAUUGUCCUUUUUAGUCUACAGUAACCUCCUUGAUCAAGAAACCACUUUGAAAUCUCAUUUUCGUUUUUUUUUUUUUUUUUUUCUUUUGAAUCCAAAUCACCUUAAUUAUUGGAAUUAUUAGACUCCUGAUUCAUCAAUCCCUAUCAGUAGUGUUGUUUAAUGAUUCUUAUGCAAAUUAUUGAGCUAAGAGUUAGCGCAACAAGCAAAGCAAUUAAAAGUAGGGAGAGGAAAAAAAGCAGCAAAAUAAAGAACACCUCAGAAAAGGUCCUUCCUCUUCAAGGAUAAUAACUUAAAAACCUAUAUAACUAAAACCCAGUUCUCUUUUCUUGUAGUCAGACAAAAACCCUCUCUAGAAUCAUCCUACUGCUGCUCUAAAAGAGCCAUCCCUAUCCCUUUAAAUGUCUUGAAUCAGAAAUUCAUCCAUAACUCCAAAAUGGGUUUACCAGAAACAAAGAGAACUACUCUCUCCGUUCUCUCUCUUCCCCUGCCUUUGAUCACAAUUUUUGGGAUUUUUGUAAUAUCCGCUACUGCUGCAGAUUACACAAACUUAAUUUUCAAAGGCUGUGCAAGGCAAAAAUUCCAAGACCCAUCUGGGAUCUACUCUCAAAACCUUAAUAACCUCUUGCAAUCUUUGGUUUCACAAUCAUCACAAAAGAGUUUCUCUUCAACAACUUCUGGAGACGGCCAAAAUGCCAUUGCAGGGCUAUACCAAUGCAGAGGUGAUCUCACAACAGCUCAGUGUUACACAUGUGUGAGCAAAAUCCCUGAAAUGGUUAAAAAAAAUUGUGGAGAAGUGAUAGCAGUGAGGAUUCAGUUGAGUGGGUGUUAUCUUAGAUAUGAAAUUUCUGGGUUUAAGCAAGCUUCUGAAACUGAGUUGUUGUACAAGAUUUGUGGGUCAACUCAAGCUAGUGGAACUGGGUUUGAAGAGAUGAGAAACUCCGCUCUCGAUGCAAUGAUUGAUGGUGUAAAAAAUGGUUUUUACACAGGGAAUUACCAGACUGUUUUUGUUUUAGGCCAAUGUGAAGGUGAUUUAUCAAGUGGUGAUUGUGGUAAUUGUUUGAAAAGUGCAGUUGAGAGUAUGAAAGAUCAGUGUGGUGACUCAACUUCAGGCCAAGUUUAUCUUCACAAGUGUUUUAUUAGCUACAGUUAUUACCCAAAUGGAGUACCCACCAUUAAUCCAGCAUCAGAGGUGGCAGGGUCAAAGGACCACACUCAAAGGACAGUGGCCAUUGCAGUUGGGGGAGUAGCAGCCUUGGGAUUUCUAGUUGUAUGUUUGUUGUUUGCAAAAUCAAUGUUGAAGAAGCGCAAGGCUAAAUAUGAAGGCUGGAACUGAGUUUGAUGAUUGCUUUCAUUUUCAUUUUACCCCUUUUGAAGUGUGAGGGGAAAGCUUGAUCAUAAUAUAUUUAUAAUUAUACAAGGAAAUUUGUAGUAGUGGGGUUUGAAAAUUGAAGAUUUCAGAGUUUGGUGGUGGGUCUAGUCUUUAGAGGAGAGGAAAGAAAAAACAAAACAAAAAAGAAAAGUUUGGGCAGAAUUUGAUUAGGGAUUGUGAGGGAAGAUUUAUGUUCCUGUAUAUACAGUUCUAACUUUAGUAGUUCCUUUUCAUUAUUGAGCUAUUAUUUCACUGUUGUUGUUCUUUUUCAA